AUGGCGGGUAGACCUUGGUCUUUUGAUAAAUCUUUGCUGUGUCUACACGAUUGUGAAAAUGUUGACAAUUUGAAGGAGAUUGCGUUUAAUGAAGAGGUUUUUUGGGUCCAAUGCCAUGACCUCCCUUUUGCUAGUAUGACGCAAAAAAUGGGGUGUGCUUUAGGUGAGCGUCUGGGGAAGGUUUUAGUAGUUGAUACGGAUAGCAGUGGGGUUUAUUUAGGCGCAUUCCUUCCUUUUAAGGUUCUUCUUGAUAUCUCGAAACCUAUGACGCGGGGCUGUUUAAUCAAACUUGGCAGGGACCAGUAUUGGAUAGCUUUUAAAUAUGAACGGUUGGCAAACUUCUGUUAUCAUUGUGGGCUGGUUUUUCAUUCAUCUGGUCGGUGUGUUCAGAAGGAUCAAGGGGCUGCUAUUGGGGAAGGGAUUGAACAGCAGUUUGGCCCAUGGUUGAGAGCUACUAGGAAGCAUUAUGCGGGUAUAUCAUUGCCGGAGGGGGCUGCUCAACCUCGGUUGAAUCUUCAUAUUUCUAACCCUGAUCUUUCGCAGACUGGCAUUGAUCUUAUUUCAGGGGAGACGGUGGUGGAAGACAUUGGGAAAGACCCCUGUGCCGACAUCCAAGAGAUGGAUAGUUGUGGGGAUGCUCAACCAUCUGGGAGUGAACUCAUGGACUUGGGCCAGAGUAAAAACUGGAAAAAGAGGGCUCGUUCAAGCCCAGGUUUGGCCGGUCACCAGGUUAUGGAGGUGGAUGGAUGUGAGCCCAAUUCUUGGAGCUUAAAAGGGCAGGAGGUUGAGGGGUCUGAGGUGUCUACUCCGAAAAGAAUUAAACAAGUGCAGGGUGAGGUGGAUAUCUGGCAGUGGCUGCUCAGCAGCCUUGCCAUCCACCUUAAUGUUGGGAUUGACAUGGAUUCAAGAAAAAGAAGCAAUAGAGAAGGUGUCUUGACUGUCUUAAGGCAAUACAAGAUGUGGAUGAUGGAAUGCAAUGACAGGGGAGAGUUCAGUAGCAUUCAAAGUUCGUUUAAUGGUCGAAAAUUCCGGCCCCUUGUGCCAAAACCAGUCUCUGCUGCUGCUUCAAGCCCUCGAUGUUUAAACCUCAUUAAUCAUGACACUGAUCUCGUUCUAAAUCACCAUCUUUCAGCAAUGGCUGAGCAAAGUAAGAGGGAGUUCAGUACGCAGCAGGUCGUAGUCAGCUCUCGCUGGAAUCCCGCACCGGAACAGCUUCAAACCCUCGAAGCACUGUAUCGAAGGGGAACCCGAACUCCGACAGCAGAACAAAUUCAGCUCAUAACUGCACAGCUUCGGCAAUAUGGCAAGAUUGAAGGGAAGAAUGUCUUUUACUGGUUUCAAAAUCAUAAGUCUAGAGAGAGGCAAAAACGCCGGCGUCAGAUUGGAUCAAUAUCCGAAGAACAGCCCCAUAAUAACAGUGAAAGGAAAGAAUCAGAGGCAAAUAGGACAUUAUGUGAAGUUGAAAAGACAAAAAACUGGGCAUCUUCUACAAACUCUAGUACCAUUGCAGAGGCAGAAAAGGCUGCAGAUGGAUGGUUACAGAUCGAGGAGACAGAAUUACAGCAAAGAAGGAACCUCGUAGAAAGGAAAAACAGUCUGCAAAUCAUGCAUUUGUCUUGUUCAUCCUCUCACACUAAGCUAAUAAACUCUACUCACACAGCAAUGGAUCCAAACCACUUGAAGCUUCAAGAUUUUAACGUCUCAACCCACAAGAUCCCAUGGAGUGAUUCUGUGGUGCACGAUCCUUGUAAUGCGCAAUGUUUCGACAAUUGUAGGGAAUCUGAAACCCUUCAAUUGUUUCCACUUCGAAGCUGUCAUGAAAAUGAAGGUAUUUUCGACAAGGACGUAGAGGUUUCAGCUGCAGCCAUAAGUUGUGAUUUCAGUGCUCAAUACCAGUUUUUUGAAUUCCUUCCUUUGAAGAAUUAA